GAUCACGUACCGUCGCGUACGCACACUUCAGUUUUAUAAAUAUUGCGUCCGAGACGGACGGCUAAUUCGACAUCUAAACAAUGAGGUUGCUCGCGACUCAACUAAAGUAAUCUUAUCGAUAAUCCUGACACGAAACCCACACUAUCUACAGCUGAGAGUGAUAACCGCACUGGAUUUAUGUGACCUCUCUACAAAUUGGAAGAAUACGUAUAUGUUAACAAUAAAAUAAAUUAGAUUUAUAGUGUUGUGUCGUUAAAACUUGUUAUUACCGAACAAUGUAUUUCCUACUGUUCAUCUGUGUUAUUUUACUAUUCGUGUUUGGCAUGAAAAUAUACCAAAAAUUAACAUGUGGAAUUUGUAACUGUAGUGCUCACAUGGUAGGGAAAGUGGUGAUUAUAACGGGCGGUAACUGUGGUAUUGGAUUCGAAAUAGCAAAAGACUUGGCAGCUCGCGGCGCAAGGGUCAUUAUUGCUUGCAGGAGCGUACGUCGCGCGUCGGAGGCCACGGAAGAAAUUAUAAAAUGCACCGGUAACUCAAACGUGGUGCAUCGGCAUGUUGACUUGGCCUCUUUCCGAUCUGUACGUGACUUUUGUGAGAAGAUAUGCAAAACUGAGGAACGUUUGGAUUUGCUUAUAAAUAAUGCUGGAGCAGGUGGUCUCGGCAACUAUAAGACUGAGGAUGGAAACCAUAUUGGAAUGCAAGUUAACUACUUUGGCCCGUUUUUACUGACGUGCCUUCUGUUACCAUUACUAAAAUCUUCAGCACCAAGCAGAAUUAUUAACGUAUCGUCAAUGCUGCAUAAAUAUGCCGAAAUGGAUUUCGAAAAUUUGAAUAUGGAGAAAUACUGGAGCGAUUAUUUGGUGUAUGCAAAUAGUAAAUUGUAUUUAAAUUUAGUAACAUUAGAGUUGAGUAGAAGGUUAAAAGGGACUCGAGUAACAGUUAACGCAGUGCAUCCCGGUGUGAGUGCCACUAAAUUCUAUAGGAAUAUUAAGAACAGUGUACUUCGUAGCGUUUUAAGCGCAGUUAUCGGAUUUAUAUAUCAAAGUCCACGGGAAGCAGCGCAAACACCAAUUUAUCUGUCAGUGUCACCUGAAGUGAAUGACGUAAGUGGCAAAUAUUUUUGUGAUUGUCGAGAGAAAAAGCCAUCUCGGAUAUCCCAAGAUGCAGAAAUCGCUAAGAAGCUUUGGAUUGAAACUGAAAAAAUCGUAAAGUUUUCGUUAGAUGGAUGACGAUGGCUUGUAGCUUAUAGAAAAUUUAAUAGUCAUUAUUUUAAUUUGAAUUGAAACUUCUCCGAAUUUCAUCAAUGGUGUCUCAAAAGUCUCAUCUUUAUCAUUCAAUAAGGUUAUAUUUCGAAGAAUAUCGUGUGUUAAGAUCUCUUUUGGAUUUGCUCAAAGUCGUAUUUUUGAUAAGAUAAAUAAAUUAUAAUUACGUUUUUUUU